AUAGAUCAGAAAGAGGCCAGUGGUUCAACCCUAUAUCCAGUGUCUCGUGUGUUUCCUCUGUCGUGCUUAUGGAAGGGAGACGAGUUCUCUACAUCUUCUUGCGCCUCUACUGCUGACGAGAGGGAAGCGAGCGAAUCUGGUGAUCCGUGAUAACGUAGUUCUCAACAAAACGAACCGGUUUCAUCGACCGCUCUCGCUUGCAAAGAAAAAGAAAUAAAGAAAUUGGUCCAGUAGCCCUGGAAGAAUUGUUCUCCUGGAUUGAAUUCACAAAACAACUGUUUGUUAUUUUCUUCUCCCGUUCACUUCUCUUUGGCCCGAAACCGAGAGCUAGUGCUUGAUUCGGUCGUUUUUGGGCACCGAACACGUUCUUGGGACCGCCGCCGCCGCCCUACUUCCAGUCCCAGCUGCUCAGGUCUCCAUCGGCCUCGAGCCCUUUGCCGGCGACGAGCACUCACAACACCAGUUUUGUAAGAGGGGAUCUGUACCAGUCAGGCUGAGCAGCAGCAGCAGUGGUGUGUUCUGGCUUGUGUGGGACCUAGAGGAAGCUUACACAACAGGGAAGAGUAUUGUGUUAGGGUGUAACAAUGUCUUCUUCAAUGGAAUCGUCAUACCUUCCUGCUACAACUGAGUCAUUAGCCCAAGCUCAAGAGGCUAAGGAUGCUUCAGAGUCCAUUUCAAUCCUUUACCGUGUCAUUCAGGACCCAUCUUCUUCUGCUGAUGCACUGAGAACAAAAGAAGUUGCAAUUACAAAUCUUACAAACUACCUCACUAAAGAAAACAGAGCUGAGGAGCUGCGUAAUCUUUUGACCCAGCUCAGACCAUUUUUUGCAGUUAUUCCUAAGGCAAAGACUGCAAAAAUUGUCCGUGGAAUAAUUGAUGCUGUCGCCAAGAUACCUGGAACAUCAGAUCUUCAGAUUUCACUCUGCAAGGAAAUGGUAGAAUGGACCCGUGCAGAGAAGCGUACUUUCCUCCGGCAACGUGUGGAGGCAAGGUUGGCAGCUCUCCUGUUAGAGAAUCAGGAGUAUACUGAAGCCCUUACCCUGCUUACUAGUCUUAUCAAGGAAGUCAGGAGACUUGAUGACAAGUUACUUCUUGUGGACAUUGACCUUUUGGAAAGCAAACUUCACUUCUCCCUGAGAAAUCUGCCAAAGGCCAAAGCCUCCUUAACUGCUGCUAGAACAGCAGCAAAUGCCAUUUAUGUUCCACCUGCUCAGCAAGGCACUAUUGAUCUCCAGAGUGGAAUCCUCCAUGCUGAAGAAAAGGAUUACAAGACUGCUUACAGCUACUUCUUUGAAGCAUUUGAAGCUUUCAGUGCACUGGAGGACCCGAAGGCCAUCUUUAGCCUGAAGUACAUGCUCUUGUGUAAGAUAAUGGUUAACCAAGCUGACGAUGUUGCAGGAAUAAUCUCGUCUAAGGCUGGCCUAAAAUAUCUGGGUCCUGAUGUUGAUGCUAUGAAGGCUGUUGCUGAUGCAUACUCUAAAAGAUCUCUCAAGUAUUUUGAAACUGCCCUUCGUGAUUAUAAGUCCCAGCUGGAGGAGGACCCUAUUGUCCACAGGCAUCUUUCUUCUCUGUAUGAUACACUGCUGGAGCAGAAUCUCUGCAGGUUGAUUGAGCCCUACUCAAGGGUGGAGAUUGCACAUAUAGCGGAGAUGAUUGAAUUGCCGAUUGACCAUGUUGAGAAGAAGCUGUCGCAGAUGAUCGUUGACAAGAAAUUUGCUGGGACACUAGAUCAAGGUGCUGGCUGCCUCAUUAUCUUUGAGGAUUCUAAGACCGAGGAAAUCUUCCCUGCCACUCUCGAAACCAUUUCGAAUGUCGGGAAGGUUGUGGACAGCCUUUAUGUGAGGUCGGCCAAGAUCAUGGCUUGAAAGCAGCUAGUCUUACCUGUUUGCUCUGAUUUCAUUUCCAGUCUGUCGAUGUCCUCAGACAUUUAUUCCUUCAAUAUUGACAGUUUAUUGUGACCGCUACAGGUUCAUGUGACCAAAGGCUAGCUAUUUUUACGACUGAAUGAGUUAUGCAUGUAUUGGUCUUUUAAUAUCAGCGUGCAGAGUCGGACGGAUGUUAUUGUGUGUUAAUUAAUCUACCAUGUUAUCGAAA